AUGCCGAAAAAUCGAGGCGCAAAGAAGAAGAUUCAUAAACCCUCUGAAGCCCAAGAAACCUCAAACGAAGGCCAAGAAACCUCAAAACCCAAACCAAUCUUCCUCAUAAGCGCUUUGCCACCAGGGCCUUUGCUUAAUGUUCUUUACAGAUUUCCUGUGAAGAUUUUGCUACAACUCAGGUGUUUUUCGAGGUUCUGGUUGGCUCUCAUUGAUAACCCCAUAUUCAGACAGAAUCACGUCAAUUUCAACUCUCCAAGAAACAGACAACUUAUAUGCAACAGUUUUCAUGAUAAGGGCAGGCACAAACUCGUUGCUUUCUUGAGCGCACAAGGCUCCCACAUCCCUGUCCUCGACGUCGAUCUACACUUCUCUGACAGGCCUAAUUACCCGAGAAGAAUAAACUUCAAAGAUUUCUCCAAGAACAUGGUUCUUGCUGGUUCGAUCCAUGGCAUUGUUUGUCUUGCUCAUAGUGAAGAAAUGUGUGGCCGUUUUGUUGCUCUAUGGAACCCUACUAUCCGCUACUGGAAACCAAUCGCACUUCCACAGAACAGGGCCUGGGCACGCGUAUCAGUUGGCUUGGGAUUCGACGUGGUGAGGAAUGAUUUCAAGAUUAUAUGCAUUGUUCCAUUUACGGAUACUAAGAGAGCCGGAUGGUCUCGGAUUGAGAUUUACUCUGGAAAUCAGAAUUCCUGGGAGAAUGUUGUUGAAGAGAGGAUUGUUCCCUUUGUUCCUGUACUAAAUAGGCAACAAUGUAAAUUCAUCGUCCAAGGUGUCCCGUACUGGGUGGGGAAGGAUGCACUAGCACAAACUAAUCAGGUUUUGGGGAGAAUCGAUCCUCGUACAGGGUUAUAUGGGACGGUUUUGUUUCCGAGACACAUCAAGAAUCCGAGUACUGAAGUGUGUGCUGUGAACCUGAAGGGAUCAAUUGCUGCUUUAAUUCAAUCCCCUGGUGAAAAUCCCAACAAUAUGGUUGAUUUGUAUAUUCUGGAUGCGCACACUGCUGAUUGGACAAAGAUGUACAGUAUCGGACCACUUGAGGUUAUAUUCCGACGUCCUAUUCAGUGCUUGAGCACAGGAGAGAUUGUACUAGAGACUUGGCCAGGGUACAUAGAUCAAGCUUCAAAUGCAGUUCAUUUUUUCUGCGACCCUAGAACUAAUAGUGUGCUCUGGAACAAUGAAAUGGAAGUGUUGAAUCCAUGUUGGCGUGAGUCGUACAUUCACUUAGAGAGCCUAGUACGUCUUGAGGGGAUGGUGGAGAUUGCGAAGGAGCACAUUACCAGGAGGCCUAAUCCUAGGAUGAAGAACUGGUAUGAGCUUUGCUUUGUUCUGUUAAACCGUGCUUCAAGAUUGUUAUGA